AUGGAAAUUUUCCUCAGAGUGAUGUUGGUGUGUACUUAUAUCCAGGAGCACAGCCCUCACAGCACACCGUCAUGUUCUCUCAGGAUCGAUGUGCGUACGCCAAGCCACAUAGGAAGGGUGAGCAGCCCAUCGGACGUCCGUGUACUGCUACAGAGAGAGAGAGAGCGAGCACGAGAGAGAGAGAAAAGCCAAAGGGACAGAGAGAGUGAGGAGAGCGAGACUGGAAGAAGAUUACCUGAGGCCAAUUUGAAAGCUUUCAGCUGGUCACUCAGAGCAGCUGCAGCCCAGAGGAGUAACAACAAAAGGAUCGGCUCAGGUGCUCUCAGGGUGCAGAGUCUGACAGAGACUGGCAACAAGAGAACAAAGUACUCACAGCAAAGGUGUGAGUGGACAGGACUGUUGAGGUUUCUUCCCGACAUGGCACUGAAACAGCAGCGUCUCAGGGCCACUGUGCCCAUAACAGGCUGGAUCCUGGCUUUGGCUCUGUUUCUGGCUCUACAGGGUGCCGCACAUGCUGCUCCAUCAGGAGACAACAAGCUGGUUCGCACCACUAGAGUGAGGAGACAGACCUCAGGGGAGGAUCAGCUCCCCUCCGCCUCCCCAGCCAAUCAAACACUGCGGGAGCAACCCUUGGUCUUCAACCAUGUCUACAACAUCAAUGUUCCCUUUGAGUCUCUGUGCUCUGUGGACCUGGACGGCUCGGCACCGCCUGACCCAGGUGAUGGUUCUCGUGGUGAGUUGGGAUCCAGACCGCCUAUGGAGGGUCCGAUGGAUCCAGCUGGACAAACAGAGUACACUGAGCAGACACUGGAUGCUGAUAGCCAGAUGACAUUCACUCACCGCAUCAACAUCCCAAAAGCUGCGUGCGGCUGUCCAGCUUCAACCACCAUCCAGCAGCUUGCCACCAGAGUAGAGAUGCUGGAGAAAGAAGUCUCCAUGCUCAGAGCUCAGUGUGGAUCUGGAUGUUGUGGAGAGAGUUCAGCUAUGGGUCGUUUAGACUUUGUCCCAGGCUGCAGCGGCCAUGGCAGCUUCAGCUUUGACCUGUGCGGCUGCAUCUGUGAGGAAGGUUGGGGCGGCAAAAACUGCUCUGAACCUCGCUGCCCGGAUGACUGCUCUGGCCAGGGGGUAUGCGUGGAAGGCGAGUGCGUGUGUGACCGUGACUUUGGAGGCGACAACUGUUCUGAGCCGCGCUGCCCUUCAGACUGCUCAGGCCGCGGGUUGUGCAUCGACGGGGAGUGUGUAUGUGAAGAGUCCUUCACCGGGGAAGACUGCAUGGUGGGGAGGUGCCUCAAUGACUGCUCUGACCAGGGGCUGUGCAUCAACGGGACCUGCCAGUGCCGGCCUGGGUAUGUGGGAGAGGACUGCUCGCUGGUGUACUGUGCCAACAACUGCAGCAAGAAGGGAAUCUGCAAGGAUGGCUUCUGUAUCUGCCAGGAUGGCUUUGCUGGAGAUGACUGCAACUCUGUGGCUCCCGCUAUGAACCUGAAAGUACGAGGCGUGACUGAUGGCACUAUUGACCUGGAGUGGGAGGGUUCAAUUGUGCUAACAGACUUCUUAGUGACAUACACACCAAGCAGUCCUGGGGGUGUGCAGCUAGAGAUAAGGCUUCCAGGGAAUGUCACUGCCUGCUCUAUCUCAGGCCUCGGAGCCGGCAUAGAGUACAACAUCAAUGUGUUCGCUGUCAUUAACAACAGUAUCAGCGUCCCUGCCAGCAUCACUGUUUCGACCUAUCUCUCCAAUCCAGAUGGUUUAGUCUUCAAAUCCAUCACAGAGACAUCAGUGGAGGUCCGGUGGCAACCGUUCUACUUUUCCUUCGAUGGAUGGGAGAUCAGCUUCAUCCCCAAGGAUAAUGAUGGCGGGAUGACAGCACAGCUCCCCAGCACCAUCACUUCCUUCGUGCAGACCGGUUUGAGACCAGGAGAGGAGUACACAGUUAACCUGGUGGCACUGCGAGACGUGGGCAGAAGCCAGCCAUUCACUGCUACGUUUUCAACAUUGAUUGACAGCCCUACUCAGCUGAUCGUGCGGGAUGUGUCAGACACCGUAGCGUUUGUGGAGUGGACAUUGCCUAAAGCAAAGAUCGAUCAGAUCAUUUUGCGUUAUGGCCUGGUGGGAGGAGAGGGCCCGCGGACCACCUUCCGCCUGCAGCCCACACUCAGCCAGUACUCCCUGCAGGUUCUGCGUCCCGGCUCACGAUACGAGGUGUCUGUGAGCGGUGUGAGGAAGGGAAAUGAGAGCGGAUCUAUUUCCACUGAAUUUACUACCGCUUUAUCGUUCUUCUCAGAGAUUGAUGCCCCAAAGAACCUCCGGCUUGUGACCAAGUCUUCAACCACCCUAGAGCUUGAAUGGGAUAACAGUGAGGCUGAGGUAGAGGGCUACCAGGUGGUGUACAGCACUUUGGCAGGAGACCUGUAUGAUAAAGUCAUCGUCCCACGUAACGAGGGAGCCAGCACUAAGACCACUCUCACAGACCUGCUUCCAGGCACAGAGUAUGGCAUCGGAAUCUCUGCCAUGAAAGGUAGCAACCAGAGUACACCAGCGACAAUGAACGCCAGGACGGGUUUGGAUGUCCCUCUGGACCUGACUGUAACAGCUUCCACGGACAACACCAUCACUCUGGUGUGGGGUGUAGUCCAGGGCCCCAUUGACCAUUAUAAGGUCACCUUCACAUCCUCCUCUGGUGUCACCAAUGAGCUGACAGUGCCUAAAGAUAUAACAACCACCACCCUGACAGACCUUGAACCCGGCACUGAGUACACCAUCACUGUAGCAGCAAGAAGAGGAAGACAGCAGAGCACAGCAGCUACUAUAGAUGCUUUCACAGGCAUGGACCCACCAAAGGAGAUGACAGUGUCAGAUGUUACAGAAGACUCUGUGACCAUUUCUUGGAUCAAACCACUGGCUCCUUUUGAAUACUACAAACUGUCUUACCAGUCAUCCAGAGGUCGAGUCGACAGCGUGGUGAUUGACAGCGAUGUGACAAACUUCACCCUGUCUAGUCUGUUUCCUGCAACAGAGUACGAGAUCAGCCUCAACGCCGUGCAAGGGAGUCAAGAGAGCAAAGUGGUCACCACCGCAGUCUUCACAGCAAUGGACAUGCCAUCUGAGCUGACAGCUCUCAACAUCACUCCACAAGGAGCCCUGCUGAGGUGGAAUCCCCCUCUCUCCAACGUGGACAACUACGUGCUGACCCUCACACAGAACCAAGUCACAGCUGAUACUUUCCUUGUGGAAGGCAACAAGCAGGAGCACCAGCUGUCCGACCUGAAACCAAGCACCUCCUACUCUGUGUCCCUCUAUGCCACCAAAGGACCCCUCACCAGCGGCACCAUCAUCACCAACCUUCAAACACCUAAUGGACGCACCACUGAACCUGACAGCCAGUGAAGUGAAUCACCGCAGUGCUCUCAUCUCUUGGCAACCGCCAAUCGCUGAAAUUGACAACUACCUGCAUCACCUACAAGACAACCGACGGCAGCCG